AUGUCCUCCUCCACUGUCCAGUCGCUGAACAAGCUGCCCACACAGGCAGACGUGCUGCCCAUGACUCCCGAGCAAACGUCGAACUCCUUCUGGUCGUCGAACCCGCUUUCGAGCUUCGUGAUCGAGGCGUACCAGUCGCUGCACAGCCAGCGCCGUGCUCUGUCGUUGGCUAACCCGGGGACAGUCGAGAACCUUAACAAGGAGGUCUCCAGGGACGUGUUCCUGUCGCAGUACUUCUUUUCAGGGCUGCGUGCGGACCUCAACAAGGCGUUCCUGUUGAACCCUGCGUUCCAAACGUCGCACACUUUCUCCAUCGGGUCCACUUCGUUGCCCAGCUACGCUUUCUCAGCGUUGUUCGCUAAUGAUAACCUGUUCAUGCAGGGGAACCUCGACAACGACAUGUCCCUCUCCGGGAGAAUCAACUACGGAUGGGAUAAGGAUAACGUCUCGAAGGUAAACCUUCAAGUCGCUAGAGGGCAACCAUCGAUGUGCCAAUUGGAACAGGACUUCAAGGGCGCAGAUUUCUCCGUCAACGCCAAAGCCUUGAACCCAUCGUGGUCCCCGAAGACCGGGUUCCAAGGGGUUGCCGUCGCUUCAAUCCUGCAGAGUGUCUCCCCCAAUUGGUCUCUCGGGAUCGAGACUUUGUACUCUAAGGUCGACGCCUCAGGUCCUGGGGACGCAGGGAUCUCGUAUUUGACCAGGUACGUUGCGCCAAAGAAGGACUGGAUCUUCUCGGGCCAAUUGCAAGCGAACGGGUCCCUCAUCGCGUCGUUCUGGCGUAAAGUGUCCGCUAACGUCGAGGCAGGUGUAGAGACGACACUCCAAGCGGGGAUGCUCCCCAUUACGGACCCAAUGAUGGGCACACCGAUUGGGAUUCAACCCACAGUCGAGGGCCAAACGACUCUCGGGGCGAAAUACGAGUACAGACAGUCCGUGUACAGGGGCACUGUUGACUCGCAGGGGAAAGUCGCGUGCUUCCUAGAGCGCAAAGUGCUCCCCACGCUCUCGAUCCUCUUCUGCGGCGAGAUCGACCACUUCAAGAACGAGAACAAGCUCGGAUGUGGCCUUCAGUUCGAAACCGCUGGGAACCAGGAACUGCUCAUGCUGCAGCAGGGACUCGACGCAGAGGGCAACCCGUUGCAGAUGCCCCCAUCGGAGGACGCAAUCUAA